AUGGUGUUCUGGACUUCCAAAUCAGGGAUUUCAUCCAAGUACAGUCUCUCAUCUUCGCCGACGUUUGCUGCGGAGCCGUGGAGUGUUUACACGGGCAGGCCCAAAUCCUCCAGCUCUAAUUCGGCGUCUAACUCGAAGGUGUCGGUCUUUAUAUUUGACAAGAAACAAUAUGAACACUACCUGCUUACUUAUGGGAUUAUCAGGUCUAAGUCAUCUUCAAGUGAUAAGCAAUUGCUACAGGAAGGGUACGAAAUCUUAAGGAAUCAAGUCAGCAAUCUAGCAAAGUUGAAGCACCCUAAUAUUUUAACCUUGGUCGAGCCUCUGGAGGAGCACAGUAAGAACUUUAUGUUUGUCACUGAGUACGUGACUGGGUCGUUGGAAACGUUCUUCAAAGGUGAGGAGGAGGAUGAGGAGGAUUUUUUGCAAGGUCAUAUUAAGAAUGAUAUCGUUAUUCAGAGAGGUAUACUACAAAUGAUCACGGGUUUGGAUUUUAUCCAUAAUAUAGCAAAAUCGGUACAUCUUGAUAUUCAACCUAAAUCAGUGUUCAUCAACGGCAAUUCUGAUUGGAAGAUAUCUGGACUGGGCCACUUGGUGAAACUACCAGAAGGUUCAGAUACUAAGGAAUAUCUUUUUUCUCAGUAUGACCCAAGGACUCCGGCUUUCAUGAUGCUGAAUCUCGACUUUGCAGCUCCAGAAAUAGUGUUUGAAAACUUGUUGACAUGUAAAAAUGAUUACUUCUCCUUAGGGUUAUUGAUAAAUUUCUUAUACAAUGGCCAAAAUGUAGCUUUGAAGACGGAAAACUCGAUAAGUCAAUACAAGUCUGAAUACACUUCUUUUGAAAGGAAAGUGAACAGUCGUUCUUGGGAUAGCGUCUUUUUGAAAGUUCCACCGAAGUUGAGGCCAUGCAUCCCCAAGCUAAUGAACAGGGAUCUGUAUGCGCGUUAUGAUAACAUAACAGAUAUUCUGGAAAGUGACUUUUUUAAUGAUCCCUUGGUUAAGACUCUGAAUUUCCUGGACGAGCUGCCAGCAAAAUCAAACGAGGAAAGACUAGUGUUUUUGGAUGGUUUGGCUGAGUUACUACCCCAAUUUCCUACAGCAUUACUUCAAAGAAAAUUUUUGCCAAUAUUAGCGGACCUAUUAGAGCUACUGUGCCAGGAUAAGACACCAGAUGCUCGUUGUAUCUCCAAAGAUCUCAACAUUUUGAUAAAAAUAGGAAGGACACUGUCUCAGUUAACUUUCCAAGAGAGACUGUAUCCCUUGAUCACGAACAAAAAAAAUUUCAUUAUUCUGUUAGAGACUUCUGCUUUGACACUAAUUGAAAAUUUGCCGGUACUGAAGGAGAAAGUCAAAAACUCCAAUUUCAUUGAACACAUCCUGAGCCCGCUACUAAAAUACGUUUUCGAAGGUUGUACCGAUGAAAAUGUCAUUGUUCUACAAGAACAAUUACUGGGCCAGAUAUCGUUAAUACUGGAAAGUUAUGAUUUCCCAGCUAUCAAAAACUUUAUCGUACCUUUACUAUCGAAACUGUUUACAAAAACGACCAGUCUUACUGUGAAGAUUAGCUGUGUCUCUUGUUUCACUAAAAUGGUUGAACAGAAAGCUAUUGAUGCGUACAUAUGUGCGGAAGAGAUACUCCCCAUUUUUAAAACGAUGAAGACAAGAGACGCCAGAAUUUUAUUCAAAGCAUUACAACUGUUCGAGAGGGUACCACAACUGAUAACUGACGAGGUCGUUUUAGUGGAGAGUCUGCUACCUCUUUUGUGGAGCUACUCUAUGUCAUCGACCCUGAAUAAAGCACAAUAUUCCCAGUUCGUCAACGUCAUCAACACUCUGUCUACUGACAUACAGAAAAAACAUACUUCGAGACUGAACGAGGGAAGCCUAGAACCUGGCGACACUCCUAACGCUUUCAAGAAAAUAAUAGAGGGACAGCCCACAGCCAAGAAGGUAGAUCCUGAAAAUGAAGCCAGUAAAAACGUUUCAAUUCCUGUCAUCCAACCGAUCAAGAAGACUACACCAUCUGGGAACGGGAACGGGAACGGCUCCUCUAUUUUGACACCGCAAGACAAGAGGACAACUUCGUCACCGAUGACGCAACGGAGAGGUGCUGUAAACUCACCUUCCGCAUCCUAUAACUCUGUUGGGAGAGGCGGUGCCAACGGCAAUACAUCGCCGAAUGUGUCAGCGCGGAGGCUACAGAGUCCGCCAAUGGCCCAGUCGAGAACGGUUCCUCAAAACGAUGGAGAUACUUUCUCUAAAUUCAUGGCAUCAUCCCCAAGUGCAGCAUCACUGGCACCCAGAGGACAACAAACUGCACCCUCAAAUGCUACCUCGAAGACAAAAUUAGACGUGCAUUCACCGAUGUCUCCAAGCAAACAGCAAACGGGCAGCACAUUGCCUCCUGGGUUUUCCAUCUCGUUGCAACCCAGCAGGAAGGACUCCACGCCGAAUUCCUCCUCCAACAAUAGUAUAUCCAAUGGUGCAUUGGAUUCAUUGAUCUAA